GAAGAGGGCACAGCCAGCUACUCAAACAACGCCCAACAACCAAGGAGAUAUGUCAACACAGAAAGGUUUGGUUGCUGUUCAUCGUGAGCUGUUAAUGACAAGACGCUGACGUUUAUGAUCAGCAAGUGAGAGGAACUCACUCAUACUAUAUCAAAUUUGAUGAGUGGUGAUGUAGAAACUUGGUUUGAAUGUAGAUGGUGAGGAGCUGAAUCAAACAUGAGAAGACAACUCUCUACGGAGGAGGGAGAGCCAUGUCUCCGGAGGACCUCUUUCAAAAACUCUCUCAGGCUUCACCACUUGGGAUGAAUCUCACACAGACUUGCGAAGACAUGGAAGGAUCGCCAGAACCAGGUAGAGGUAGCAGCAGGAUCAGCAGCAACAGACACUAUAGCCCAGAGAUGGAGGCUAACAGUUUUGGAGACUUUGCUUCUACAGGAAAGAGUCCCUUGCUCAAAGCGUUGAUAGAUGUUGAAGCAGCUGCCAAUGCUGCAGCCAUACAACUCAUGUCAUUCAAGGAGACUUUGGAUAAUGAAAGUGAAGGUUCUAGACAUUCUUUGUCUGACAGCCGUAGGACAUCGAGGCAAAGAAACCUUUUGCUGGACAAGUUGGAAGUUUUCAAACGGAUAAAUAAGUCUGUUCGACAGCAGUUAAAGGAACUUCAGGAAUCAGAGGCUAAUAGACUUGAGUCUGACAGACACACUGAUAUUUUGUUGGAGAAACUAACAGAGGCUGAAUGUGAAAAUCAGCACUUGAAAAGAGAUCUAAACGACAAAGAAAGAAGAGUUGAGGAGCUUAUGGAUAUGCGAAAUAAAGAAAUGGACUACUUUCAUAACAUAGUUCAUAUGACCAAGUCUGUAGAGACUACACGGGCACACCUGCAGAGCCAGCUCCGCAGCAAGGAAGCUGAAAACAACCGCCUGACAGUGCAACUUCGGGGGUUGGAGAGAAGUCUUAUGACACAGAAGCUUGAGGCUGAGGAUCUAAGAAGAGAGAUCACCACUUUGUCCGGGAAGGCAGGGCAGGAGAAGGAAGCCCUGAAGAAGGCCACCCGUGCCCAGAAACACAGGGCGGAGAAGUUUGAAGCUGCUGUGGACAAAUGCUACAGUCAGCUGAGAGAGAAGGAUGUGCAGCUUUUGGAGGCUGGCGCAGAGAGGGACACAUGGAGGAGACAGCUGGAGCAGAGUGCAGAUGAUAGAGAACAUCUGGAAGGACAGAUAGAUCUGCUCAAAUGCAAAAUUGCAGACAUGACUGAGAAGUUGCAAAAAGAGAGAGAAGAAUUCACCGCUGGAAAUGAGAUCCUGCUGCAGAAAGUGGAGAAUCUCAACACUGAAAAUGGAAACCACAGCCUUGAUAAUGCCACUCUAAAGGCCUCUGUUUCUGCUCUGGAGCAGCAGCUGGCCUGCUCUGAGGCAACUGUAGAAGAACAGAACGACGUCCUUCAGAAGAGGAAAGAGCAGGCGGAGCAAUAUCAAAGUCAGGUGUCAGCACUCCAGGAAGAGGUGGCUGACCUGAGGAUGAAGUGUAAUAGCCUCCUCAGAGAAACAGAGAACAUCCGAGAGGGAAAAGAAGCAGAGAUCAAGAAGGUCAGGCAGCAGCUGGAGGGGCGAAUGAUGGAGCUCGAGGGUUACACCGAGUCACUGAGAUCAGCCAAACACAGUCUUGCCGAGAGCCAGGAGAGCCUGCGGCGCUCUGAGGAGAGAUGUGCAGACAAGUCAGAGUCCAUUAGGCAACUGAAGGUCAAGAUGGAAUGUCAAAGGGACAACCUGGCAUCGUCUUUGGAGAUGAAAGAAUCCCUUCAUAAGGCAAACUCACAGUUGCAGGAGAAAGUAGAUUAUCUUCAAAAGAGGAUGGAUGAUAUGCAGCAGGAGAACCAAGAGCUGCUCCACAAACUGAUUGGCCAGGAGGAGGCCCUGCAGUACAGCAGCCGAAGUCUGGAACAGAGGUCUGCUGAGUGCCAGGCCCUCAACCGUCAGCUGGAGGCCACGCUGGCAGAUGUCAGACAACAGGUCAUCAAAGUAAAAGAGAAGGCGGUCUCUAGGGAGGGUGCACUUCAGACUAAGAUCCUGGAACUGGAGGCUGAAAAGAGACGGAGAGAGAAUGAGUUGAAGCAGCUUAAGAUAAACAUGCAGUCUGCUGAGAAAAAGUUUGAUGUUCGUCUAAAGGACUUGCAGCUCAGCCUGGACCACUCAGAAAGUCACAAACGGAGCAUUCAGAACUACGUGGAUUUCCUUAAAAACUCCUACGCGACCAUGUUUGACGAGGGGCUAUCGCCAUCUGGUUUUGGAUCAACCUAUUUUCUGAAGUGAGGAUCGUGUAACAAUGUGAGCCUUGUUUAUUUAAAUCAGUGUGAUCAAUGUGGUUUCAUGACAUUCAUAUAUAGAAGCAAUUUGUAAAUUAUAGAAAUAAAGGGGUGACAUCA